CAUAUUUACCCUAGAAGAAAGCAAGUGUUGAAAUACUAAUGAUCCCCACUACACCAAACCUUUUACGUUACAGAGUUUGGUGUGGUCACUCACAUCUCCACCUACUGCGUUUCAGGAGUCGACAACCUUUGAAUUUCUCAUUUCUCAUCCACUAACUUCUUUCUCAAUCCCUCUUUUUCUUUUUUAUGUUUUAAACUCUUUUAAAAGCUUCUUCCCUCUUUGCCGAAUUUUCCAUAAACCACAUUCUCGUUCGUUCUCUUUCAAUGGAGUCUAAGCUUUUAAGAGCCACCACCAUCUCAGUCCCUUCAACACCCUCAUGCGCUUUCCAUCGCACAACUCGCAAGGCUUCGAUUUCCUUCAACCCCACCUCGGAUUUCGCCCCAAAAAGCAAUCUUUCUCUCCAGGCACAUGCGGCUUCCAUCGAGUCAGUGCCAACAAAGAAAAGAAUUGAUGAGAGUGACAACCUGACCCUUGAUCAUAUAAGACGUUCUUUAGUUCGUCAAGAGGAUAGCAUAAUCUUCAGUCUCAUCGAGCGAGCACAAUACUGUUACAAUGAAGAUACAUAUGACCCUGAUGCCUUCUCCAUGGAUGGAUUUCAUGGCUCAUUGGUUGAGUACAUGGUCGGGGAAACUGAGAGGCUUCAUGCCAAGGUGGGUAGGUACAAGAGCCCUGAUGAGCAUCCAUUCUUUCCAGAUGGCCUACCCGAACCAGUGUUACCACCUUUGCAGUACCCUCAGGUGUUGCACCCUAUUGCUGAUUCAAUUAAUAUAAAUGAAAAAGUAUGGAGUUUAUACUUCAGAGUUCUUAUCCCACAAAUAGUCAAACAAGGGGAUGAUGGUAACUCUGGAUCCAGUGCUGUUUGUGAUGUAAUAUGCUUGCAGGCUCUCUCAAAGAGAAUUCAUUAUGGAAAAUAUGUAGCUGAGGCAAAAUACCAAGCUAGUCCAGAUUCAUAUAAAGAUGCCAUUAUAGCACAGGACAAGGACAAGUUGAUGGAAUUGCUAACAUAUCCUGAAGUUGAAGAGGCAAUUAAGAGGAGAGUUGACAUGAAGACCAAGACUUAUGGGCAAGAACUGGUUGUAACUACGAAGGAACAUCGAACUGAACCUGUCUACAAAAUAAAUCCAAGCUUGGUUGCUGAUCUAUACAGUGAUUGGAUCAUGCCAUUGACAAAGGAAGUCCAAGUUUCUUAUUUAUUGAGAAGGUUGGAUUGAACAUAACAAAAAGUACCUUUUCAAUUACAGUGUUCAUAGGGUAUUUAUAUUUUCUAGGAAAUGAUACUUGCAAUGGGUAAUUUCUCUUGAAUCAUGACUAUAAACUUUAGUUUUUGUAAUUAACAUAUGAGGAAGCUCAUAUUGGGUUCUUAUAUAAUAAUUAAUGGCAUCCUUUAUGUUGUUUUUUCU